AUCUUCACCCAGGACAUCAGGGGAGAGGAAGGCUGCUGGAGGUCAAAUAUGACCACUUUACUGAAGUAUGUGCCUUGUGGAUCUCCACUCAGCAAGGGCCGGUCACAGCAGAAGGCAAAAGAUCAGCCUGCUGAAGACCUUAAAACAGACCAUCACGACAAACUUCAGCGACUUCUGUGGGAAUGAGCAGCAGGAUGCUCAUGAGUUCCUCAGUGUUCCCCUGUCCCAGCUUAAAGAGGAGGGGGUUUCCCUGAGGACAAGGGAGGGGCUGCACCCCUACACCUGUUACAUCGAGGCAAAUUUUGAAUUUGACCUCCUGACCACCAGAACAUGCCUCAGGUGAG